AUGGGUUUUGCUAGAAAGCCCAUGAUUCUUCCUCUGUUGUUGAUUCUCCUCACAAAUCUUAACCCAAACCACUUUGCAGAUUCUGCUGCUUCUUCAGAUUACUCCACCAUCGUCUACAAGGGCUGCUCAAAGGACACAUUCACAGAUCCAAAUGGUUCGUAUUCCCAAUCACUCUCAGCACUCUUUGGAACACUGGUGUCCCAAUCCACAAGAACCAAGUUCUACAAGGCCACUUCCGGCUCAAUCACCGGCCUCUUCCAAUGCAGGGGUGACCUCACCGGCCGCGACUGUUACAACUGCGUCAGCCGCCUACCCGUCCUCUCCGACAAGCUUUGCGGCAAAACCACCGCCGCAAGAAUCCAACUCUUCGGCUGUUACAUGUCGUACGAGGUUUCGGGGUUCUCAGAAAUCUCGGGGAUGCAGAUGCUGUACAAGACUUGCGGCGGAACGACGGCUGCCGGAACAGGGUUCGGAGAACGGAGGGGAACCGCGUUCUCGUUUAUAGAGAAUGGGGUGGUUGGGGGGCAUGGAUUUUAUGCUACGAGCUACGAGAAUGUGUAUGUGAUGGGGCAGUGUGAGGGUGAUGUUGGUGACUCGGAUUGUGGUGCGUGUGUGAAGAGUGCUGUGCAGAAAGCUGAAGGUGAGUGUGGAAACGCCAUUUCUGGACAAGUGUUCUUGCACAAGUGCUUCAUUAGUUAUAGGUAUUACCCAAGUGGGGUUCCUAGAGGAGGAUCAUCUUUCUCAUAUGGUUCAUCUUCUUCAGGUCAAAAUCCUGGGAAGACAGCAGCUAUAAUAUUAGGAGGAGCAGCUGGGGUUGCUUUCUUUGUCAUAUUACUACUAUUUGCUAGGAAUUUGAAGAAGAAACAUGAUGAUUAUUGAGUAUUGACAGCAGAUGAUGAUUUUUGAGAAGACAAAAUUCUUCUUUUGGUGGUGACUUAUUCUUAUGUGUUCAAUUCAAUGAUGGAAGAUGGGAAGUUAGGGGUAAAUAGAGCUUGCUUGAUAGAGAAAGAAGGAUAAUUGAUGAUUCAAUGUAAUGAUUCUUGUAGUUAGUUAAUCAUUUGAUAAAUUCGUUG